CGCCGGGUAUCACUAUACCACCCAUAAGCUAGCCGUCGAUCGCAAUUCGCAACUGCGUAUCUGACAUUACUCCGUUCAACUAUUCCCCUCUCCAUCGACCAUCGAUCGCCGGAACCACGCAUGGCCUCCAAAUCGGUGGACACAGCAGGGGGCAAGCUGAAGGAGGAGCCGUCCAUGGCGGACGUGUACAACUCCGAGCUGACGCCGCUGCAGCAGCACGCCGCCUUCUUCGACCGGAACAAGGACGGCAUCAUCUACCCCUCGGAGACCUACGAGGGGUUACGCGCGAUCGGGUGCGGAGUCGCGGUGUCUGCCCUCGGCGCCGUCUUCAUCAACAGCUUCGUCGGGCCCAAGACCGUCCCGGAUAAUGUGCAGGCUCCAGCCUUCAAGUUCCCCAUCUAUAUAAAGAAUAUCCAGAAGGGCAAGCAUGGGAGUGAUACAGAUGCUUACGAUACCCAUGGAAGGUUUGUUCCUGAGAAGUUUGAGGAGAUAUUCAAGAAGCAUGCCCACACUAGGCCCGAUGCCCUAACAAGCAAAGAGCUGGAUGAGUUGCUUCAAUCAAACAGGGAGCCCAAAGAUUUAAAAGGACGGGUGGGUGCCUUCGGAGAAUGGAAACUUAUCUACUCACUCUGCAAAGACAAGGAGGGAUAUCUUCACAAGGAUACUGUCAGGGCAAUCUACGAUGGCAGCGUGUUUGUGAAGUUGGAGCAAGAGAGAAUUGAAGCUAAGGAAUUAGUGAAGAAGAAAUAAUGAAAGCUCCAAUGGUACCUAGUAUUUGUAAAUUAUGGUGUGGUUCUGGUCAAGUUUGUUAUCCCGAACUCGUGCUUUAUAGCGAUUUCACAUGUCUUUGUUUUC